ACAAGAACCUGGUUAUCGUAACGGCAUCACCGGCAUGCGCAUGUCCAUACGGAAUAAUGUGCACUACAUUCGCGGGAACUUCAUUCUGAUAGCUGCACCAGCCAAGGCAGCAGCCUACACUUCAGUUCCAGCGCUGUAACUUACAAGAGAAAAAUGAUUUUCCAGAUGGACCUGCCGAACAUGGACGGUCUAGGCGCGUACCAGCAAGUACUAGUGUUGCUGUGUGUGAUUGGCACGGUGCCCCAGACGUGGAUGAUGGGCCUCCUCGAAGACUCCCUCGUUGACAUCGAGCAUUGGUGCACGCGUCCAGACAGCUUCAGCCUUCUCAACGGCAAUGUAACAAACACCGCAUUGCAACAGUACAAUUCAACUGCUCACGACCCCUGCCUCGGAUACCCGGUUUACCAGAACGCUAGCCCCGUGGAAAAUGUGUCUAACCUUAUGGCCUGCGAGUACUGGGACUACAUAGAUGACCAAACGAGGACCUCUUUGGUACAACAGUUCGAUCUGGUCUGCCAUAAUAAGUGGUUGCGCGACGUCCUCAAAUAUGCCAACGAAGCCUGCUGUGUGCUUGGCUUGCUUGUGUUUGGUCACAUCGCAGAUACCCGUGGACGACGCCCUGUGCUAUUUUCUUCCUGUCUGUUGUUCUUCUCGUUUUGUACCUUGGCUUCCUUGGCGCCCAGUUUCACAUUGUACGCAAUAACAACGUCCAUCGCUGCGCUCGGCACUGGAGGAUUCCGCGUGGCGGCUAUUGUUUUACUUCUGGAAUGGGUGGCACCUGAAUGGAGAUGCUCGUUCGCAUUGACCUACCCCUUGGGAAUAGCCGUCGGUGUCUUUACUUGGACUGCGUUACAGUUCCUCACCCAGUCCUGGAUGUACCUCCAGCUUGCCAUAGGGUUAUGCAUGUGCAUCGUUUUCCCCUUCUAUGUAGUGAUCCAGGAGUCGUAUGGAUGGCUGGUAGCCCGGGAUCGUCGUAAGCGGGCCCUCAAAAGUCUCAUGAUAGUCUUGAAAAUCAACCGUGUCGUCGGAGAGCGAGGAUUCUUUCAAGACGACGAAAGUGCAACGGAAGAAAAUAAAACUGGAUCAAGAUACCGCAAGACCUGUCAGAUCUGCAGGAGUACAACGCUCUUCCGAAAGCUUGUAGUCUGCCUACCCAUAUCGGCCGUUCUCGCAAGCAGCGAGGUUUUCACAAUGAACUUCCUGUGGAAUACAGUGGGCGUGCCCGACUUCUGGAAACUUCCACUGCUUCACUGCGUUCAGUUGGCUUCCAUAAUCCCGUCCAUCAUCGCUCUACGGCUGUGUUCUCGCCGCUGGACAAUGGUCGCACUGCUGUUCGUUGCGGGUGUAGUGCAUUUGGCCGUACCCUUACUUCCACAUCCAGGUCCUGUUGAACUGGAGACUUUGCUGGAAGGAGCCACACUCGUCGUAGUUCGAUGUGCAUCAACUGUCGCUAUCGUUGUCGUGGUGGAAAGCAUGGUUACCGCUGUUCGAUGUUCUGCCCUGGGGCUGUGGUUGGCGCUGUGGAAUGCUUCUUUCGCGUGCUGUCAACACCUUCUCCAUUUGGCGCCCACGAAUAUGGCGUCCCUUGUCGUGGGAUCUGCUUGUAUCGUAGCUGCCCUCCUGAGCAUUUUUCUGCAAGAAACGAAGGGGUGUCGCUUGCCAGAUACAACAGAAGAGAAAUUGAAGCAAGUUAAUAGGUCAUCGGAAGACAUUCCGCUGUCGGAAAAGGAUGAUGAGCACUCCCCGUACAUGAAUAUCGACGAAUGAACUGUGACACACGUCAUUGCUAAUUUAUUUUCCGUUAUUUAUCCGUUACAUAAAAAAAUAUACGCGUUUUUGCAAUAAACGACGCUGAAAGCGA